AUUAACUUAGAUUUACAACUUAGCUACUAUUGACCUGGGCGCCUGUAAACGCUUUACGUUCCUUUCCAAAUUCUUGCACGCAACCUCGCUUCGGCGCCCUCGUUUUGCCUGAACGCUAUACAGCGAUAGACGAGCAUGUCGGUACCUCUGCAGUGCAAUGCGGGGCGCCUGCUCGCGGGCCAGCGGCCCUGCGGCGUCCGCGCCCGGCUGAAUCGUCGCGUUUGUGUCCCAGUCACCGCGCACGGCAAGGCCUCUGCGACCCGCGAAUAUGCUGGUGACUUCCUUCCCGGCACUACCAUUUCACACGCGUGGAGUGUCGAGCGUGAGACGCACCACAGGUACCGCAACCCCGCCGAGUGGAUCAACGAGGCCGCUAUUCACAAGGCGCUGGAGACCUCCAAGGCGGACGCCCAGGACGCCGGACGGGUGCGCGAGAUCCUGGCCAAGGCCAAGGAAAAGGCCUUCGUCACCGAGCAUGCGCCCGUCAACGCCGAGUCCAAGUCCGAGUUCGUGCAAGGCCUGACGCUGGAGGAGUGCGCUACGCUCAUCAACGUGGACUCGAACAACGUCGAGCUGAUGAAUGAGAUCUUCGACACGGCCCUGGCCAUCAAGGAGCGCAUCUACGGGAACCGUGUGGUGCUCUUCGCGCCGCUUUACAUCGCCAAUCACUGCAUGAACACCUGCACCUACUGCGCCUUCCGCUCCGCCAACAAGGGCAUGGAGCGCUCCAUCCUCACCGACGACGACCUACGCGAGGAGGUAGCGGCGCUGCAGCGCCAGGGCCACCGCCGCAUCCUGGCGCUCACCGGCGAGCACCCCAAGUACACCUUUGACAACUUCCUGCACGCCGUGAACGUGAUCGCAUCUGUCAAGACGGAGCCGGAGGGCAGCAUCCGCCGCAUCAAUGUGGAGAUUCCGCCCCUAUCGGUGUCGGACAUGCGCCGCCUGAAGAACACGGACAGCGUGGGCACGUUCGUGCUGUUCCAGGAGACCUACCACCGCGACACCUUCAAGGUCAUGCACCCCUCCGGCCCAAAGUCCGACUUCGACUUCCGCGUGCUGACGCAGGACCGGGCCAUGCGCGCCGGCCUUGACGACGUGGGCAUCGGCGCCCUGUUCGGACUGUACGACUACCGCUACGAGGUGUGCGCGAUGUUGAUGCACAGCGAGCACCUGGAGCGCGAGUACAACGCCGGCCCGCACACCAUCAGCGUGCCUCGCAUGCGCCCUGCCGACGGCUCCGAGCUGUCCAUUGCGCCGCCGUACCCGGUCAAUGACGCUGACUUCAUGAAACUGGUGGCGGUGCUGCGCAUCGCGGUGCCGUACACCGGCAUGAUCCUGUCCACCAGGGAGUCGCCCGAGAUGCGCUCUGCGCUGCUCAAGUGCGGCAUGAGCCAGAUGAGCGCGGGCAGCCGCACGGACGUGGGCGCCUACCACAAGGACCACACGCUGUCAACCGAGGCCAACCUGUCCAAGCUGGCGGGUCAGUUCACGCUGCAGGACGAGCGCCCCACCAACGAGAUCGUCAAGUGGCUGAUGGAGGAGGGCUACGUGCCCAGCUGGUGCACGGCCUGCUACCGCCAGGGCCGCACCGGCGAGGACUUCAUGAACAUCUGCAAGGCCGGCGACAUCCACGACUUCUGCCACCCCAACUCGCUGCUCACGCUCCAGGAGUACCUGAUGGACUACGCCGACCCCGACCUGCGCAAGAAGGGCGAGCAGGUGAUUGCGCGCGAGAUGGGCCCCGACGCCUCGGAGCCGCUGUCGGCGCAGAGCCGCAAGCGACUGGAGCGCAAGAUGAAGCAGGUGCUGGAGGGCGAGCACGACGUGUACCUGUAAGCCCUGUUAACGACGAGGGGUAAAGCGGCGGCGGCCGCUCGUGGGGCGUGAAGGAGCUGGUGGAGCAGGAGAGGAGAGGGCCUGUCGCCGCGGAGGAUGCGGCGAGGGGCCUCGGAAGCACCGGCCGGGCGGUAGCGUGCUGCAGCGGCUGGCUUGCGGCGAAGGAGGAGCUAGCGGCGACAGCUGGCUUGGGCUUACACGGACAUAGCCGCGGGCACACGUCCGCGCGUUUGGACGGAUCUUCUCGGCUGUAGGUUCAUGUGGAGCAGAGCACAAACAACCGAACUGCGUGAUGCGUAGUGUGGAGAUUCCAUUCCGCGCGAUUGGCGUAUUGAGCGAUACCGGUGUUGGUUGUGUUUGCUCCGACGCUCUCUGACUGGCGAGACGUGUGCAACUUGAAAGAGGCACAGGGCGACUGUUGGUGAGGUUUUGACUGCGGCUUGAAAGGGGCGUUUGAGGGAUAUGAGCAUCUCGAGAGGCUUGAUAAUGAGCCCUUGGGGCGAGCUGACAUGGUUUUGACUGCGGCAUGACCCCACACCACACGCACAUGAGGUGAUGUGACAUGCAUGUAUGCACCCUUUUGUUUCAUUUACUUAGCGUACUAGAUACCUAGACAAAUAUUAUGCACUCGCAUCGUAAGACGUUUGCUUCCCAUUCAUCAGGCGUAACCCGCGAGUGCCGGAGCCGGUAUGUAAGGCUGAACGGUCUGGCUGGUGCGACUGCUACGAAGCUGGCAGAUUCUUCGAGGUUUUGAGGCCUCCAUUGUUGGCACUGUGGCGCAACUGCAUAACUCACUGCAGAGAAUAAUGGUGGGGCACGCGGACAUACAGUACAUGGCCGAAUGUCGGCGCAAUAAGGUCCGGUCGUGGACGGUGAUCCCUGCACCGAGCACAGCUGCGCAGGGAUCUUCUCGUGCUGCAAUUUUUGUAAUGGCAUUUCUUCUUCUGUCCGUGCGUUCGUUCGUGCGUGCGUCGGCAAAACAUAGCAUACUGGCGCAAACCGCGACUGCUACGUAUUAGUAUUUGUUAAUGCCUAUUGCAUGUAAAUAGGUGGCAGGGAAAAUUCGGGCGGAGCGAGAAGUGCCUUCGCACGUCCAUGGACAAUUGACUUUCGCGAGGUUGCCCGAAAAGCAAGCCAUGGCUUUGCGCAGUAUGACUUCUGUACGUCGUAAAUGUGCUUCAAAGACACAGCAGACGGCGA